GGAACAGGAGUCAUACCCACUCUGACUCUGGAACAUGCAGCUCUGCAAUACUGUGUAUUCCAACUUACUGUGCCAGAACCUAGUGUUUAGUGAUGCACUGAACUGACUUUCUGACUGGAACCCUAAACAGAGAGGUGGAAAGGUCACACAGAGAGGAACUUCGGUCCGAGAUCAGUAACAAGUCCAUUUUGAAUUCUUGAUUGAAAACUAAACAAGGGAAAGCGAACAAGUAGAAGACAACUCCCUACCACACAUAUUCGGAACUGAAACCUGCGUUAUCCUUCUUCGAAUUCUUCCGUUGCGUGAGUGUGUGCUUGUUGUGUGAGGCCGUCGGCAUGGAUAUCAACGACACCACUGUUAACGGCACUGUCGUACCUUUGAACAACUUCCACUGCAACCACUCCACGCAGACCCUGGUGACGCGCGUGCUCCCCCCAGUCAUGAUCACCGAGCUGGUGGUGGGCUUGCCCGGCAACCUGGUGGCUCUCUGGAUCUUCUGGUUCUGCAUGCAGGGCUGGCGGCCCAACGCCAUCUUCCUCUUCAACCUGGUGCUGGCUGACUGCCUGUUGUUGAUCAGCAUGCCGUUCCGCAUCAACUACCUGCUGGCCAGCGAGAACUGGGCCUUCGGCGGCGCCUUUUGCCGCGUCAACCUCUUCAUGCUGGCCGUCAACCGUUCGGCCAGUAUAGCAUUCAUGACAGCCGUGGCAGUGGACCGGUAUUUCAAGGUGGUCCACCCACACCACUGUGUCAACCGGAUGUCGCCGCAGCAGGCGUGGAAGGUGGCGGUUGGCAUGUGGGCGGUGGUGAUUGGCCUGCGGGCGCCGCUGCUCGCCACGCAGUUGAUGAAGGUCGGCAAAACGUCGCUGUGUCGCAGCUUCGACUCGUACACCAAGCCCCCUCCAGCCAUCGUGCUGCACAACUUGGUCUUCGCGCUCGAGUUCUUCCUGCCUCUGCUGCUGCUGAUCUUCUGCUCAGCUCGCAUCGCCUGCAUCCUGCGCCAGCGCAACUUGGACCGCGAGAACAAGGUGCGGCGCGCCAUUCGCACCGUGGGGAUCAUUGUCCUGGUGUUCCUGGUGUGCUUCGGGCCCGGCGUGUUCACGGGCCUGCUUGGGAUUUACUACUCGAGGUACCGCAAAUCAGACUGCAAAGGUUACAGCUUGGUGACCCAGCUGUUCAGCCUGUCCAUCGGCUUUACCUACCUAAACAGCGCCCUGGAUCCCAUCAUCUACUGCUUCUCCAGCUCCAUGUUCCGGAACGCGCUCAAGGGCUCCAUCAACAGGCUGGGAGUGGCAAACCUGCAGCUCAGCCGAAGAGGAAGCUUGACCAGCGACACCUAACCAAAACCACCAGUGACGCCCUCAUUUACACCGUCAUGGUAAACAGACUGCAUUUCUAUAGUGCUUUCAUAUAUUUGGCACAUUCUUUUUGUUUGUGGUCUUUUCACGACUUUACGACAGGACAGUGUGAGAGGUGGACAGGAAGCGAAUUGGAAAAGAGACGGGGAGGGGUCGGCAAAGCACCUGUGCCGGGAAUCAAACCCAGGUCAGCCGCACGGCAGGCGAGUGCCCUACGGGUUGCCCACGGCAGGGCCAUAGUUGGCACAUUGCUAUUUCAUAUUAUACAGUAUAUUUACAUAAUGCAAAAUACCAGCAUUAAAAUGUGUAACUUUUAAUGGGGUUUUAAGGGGUUGGAAUUAACUCACAACAUGUGGUCCCAAUACAAAACAUAUAAUAGUGUUAAUUUCACUCUUUGGUAAGUGGAAAAAUUUC